CUUACUACACUCACUAUACAUUAUUCGUACACGUAGAGGUGCUGACGAAGGGUGCUCAACUUAUACUGUCACACGUGUUGAAAUAUCAAGUGCGUUUACAUACAGUGAUAAUUCUAGUGAUAGCAGUUCAAUAUAACCGCUAUUUAGCUACGAGCAUACCCACCACCGCCUAUCUUAUCAGAUUCGAUUCUGAAAUGCCCACGUACCAUUAUAGUGCACGUUCGUGAUAGUCAUACACUCGACCAUUUGCUUUCAUAGCCGAUUAAUUUAGGACCUUGACUGAUUAAUAAGUAUAAGGAUUGCCAAGGUGCUGCCGACAUGUCACACAGAUGCGUUAGAGAUGCUGUGGGGUUUGUGAGUGGUAUUGGUAGCGUGGUGAAGGUGCUGAGUCGUCAACCAUUAAACCCCUCUUUGCUCAUUCCGUUGUCCGGAGGGGUGGUCCUGCAUUCGGACACAUACACACAUCCAGAUAAAAGUGUCUUGCACACACUGGACGAUGUCGAGAAUCUCUCCCAUACACUAAUCGACACUAAGCUACAUUUGCGGAAGGAACAUUCAACACAAAAUAAAGAACAACCACGGGUGGAUGGGAGAAUACCUCCCGAAGUGAAGGCAGAUGUGGUCUCUAAUGUACCUGUGUAUGAUAGCGCUCAUAAAAAUACGUCAGAAGCAUACUUUAACAGACUGACGGAAGCCAAUGUUGCGCAUGUGCAGGCACAGGCACACAUCGCAGACGACGACGAGUGGUUCAGUGGUGGGAAGGCGUCAACCGACACCUCAGAUGUACCACCGCCUCUAGCGGGAGAGUCUAUACCCGCGCCAUCAUACACUCACAUAGAUACACGUGAACAAACCGAUUCACACCCACAACCGCGCAGAAGUAUCGCUGAUGAAGUAGAGGAUGUUGUGGCUGCGUCUGCGAACGUAGGGUUAGAUAAGGGCAUUGUGCUCGAGGCUGCACAAGAGAAAGAAUGCCGCAAGAAGGCGUUGGGAUCUACCGUAGCAGGGAAUUCUAGUACAGGGGAAGAGCUGUCGGAGAUGGAGGGAUUGAAUCACUCGAAACCAACAGCACUUCCGAACAUCGACCUCAAAGACAAUGUCGCAAGUAGUGGUGCAAAUACACCCCUAGAUGAAGCCACCAAACCUACUGGAGAAGACAUUCUGUCAUCAGUCGGUAAAGACGGUAAAGCCAAGGAUGCUACUGCAAGUUUAGAACAGCUAUUAAAUACCCAUGAAGGGUUGGGAUCGAGUGCACAAGCCAGAAGAGUGCCUGUGUCCGCUGCGUCACGACUAUUUGGCUACGCAGGACUAUUCACACGGAUUGGUACGAACAUGCUGACAGACAGAGUCAAGGAGAGCGUUGGUAUGGGGUCAGCUACACCUGUGGAAGGCCGGCGAAGGUCACGAGUGAUGACGGAGAGGAAUGCUGAUGCUAUGGUGAAUACGCUGUGUCGCAUGAGGGGUGCGGCGCUAAAGCUUGGACAGGUUUUGAGUAUCCAAGACAACACUAUGGUUGCCCCAGAGAUCCAGACCAUCUUCAAUCGCGUGCGGCUCAGUGCCGACUUUAUGCCCGCAGAUCAGAUGAUGAAUGUGCUGUCCAGUGAGAUGGGAGAGAAUUGGCGGGAGAGGUACAGCGACUUCGCGGAGAAGCCUAUGGCUGCUGCCAGCAUAGGCCAAGUGCAUCGUGCGCAGAGCUUAGAUGGCCGGAAACUGGCAGUCAAGAUCCAGUACCCAGGUAUAGCGGACUCGAUCGACAGUGACUUUGGACUAUUACUUCGACUACUGAAGAUGACCAAUGCCUUACCGGAAGGUGCCUUCUUAGAGAAAAGCAUCACCUGUAGCAGAGAUGAGCUGGUGGAAGAGUGCCAGUAUCUCAAAGAGGCCGAACACAUGGAGAACUUCCGCGCUCUGCUCAAAGACGACGAAUUCUAUCACAUCCCAUUGGUUGAUCACGAACUAACCACCAAUCGGGUGCUUACAAUGGAGUACGUCGAUGGAGUGCCUUUGGAACAGGCGAAGGACUUCUCGCAGGAUGUGCGCAAUCGUAUCUCCUACAAUGUCAUGCGGCUGUGUUUGAAGGAGUUGUUCGAGUGGCGCUACAUGCAGACAGACCCCAAUUGGGCCAAUUUCCUGUACGAUUCACACAAGGAUCAGCUCAACCUUCUUGACUUCGGCGCUGCGCGGCGAUACGAACCAAAAUUCAUAGAUGAGUACCUCCGCGUCAUCAAAGCGGCUGCUGACAACAACAAGCAGGGUAUCGCUGAUGCAUCGCAUAAACUGGGGUAUCUGACAGGGUUUGAAGCCGAUCUUAUGGUGGACGCACAUUGCUCAGCUGUGCUGAUUCUGGGCGAACCCUUUGCCGCCAAAGGAAAGUUCGACUUCCACGGCCAGGACGUCACCCGGCGUAUCAACGAGCUCAUCCCGAUUAUGCUGAAGCAUCGCCUGACACCACCCCCACAAGAAACCUACUCGCUGCACCGUAAGCUGUCCGGGGCCUUUUUAAUCUGUGCGCGGCUGAGAGCGAGUAUCGAUGUCUCCACUUUAUUCGAAGAUAUAUACAACCAGUACGAAUUUAGCACAACCUAACAAUUAAUAAAUAAUUGGUGUAUCUGGA